AAGAGACACAAAUAUCUCUCUUUUUAGCACCACAGAAAAUAGACUGUUAUUUUCAUUUUAGGGAUCAUGGAAAUUUUUUCCUAAUUUCUUAUCAUGAAAACUUUCAACACUCUAGAAAACUUGAAUAGUGCAAUGAUCAACACCAGUGAGAUUCAAGAGUUAACAUUUUUUGGGCUAAAUAUGCUUUAUCUAUAUAUGGAUAAAUAAAUACACAUACUUCUCUUUCUCUCUCUCUUUUCUCAACUAUUUGAAAGUAAGUUGCAGACAUCCUGCUGCUUCAUCCCUCCAACGUCAGCACGCAUCUCCUAGAAAUGGCAGUCCCUUCCAUGCCUAUUAGGACUGCUGACGACAGAAAUGGACAAGUCCUUGGCGAACGUGGGCUUCUAUUAUUUAUGGAGCUCCUGCUGUGGGGCCGGGCCUGGCGCUGGCUGUGUCACACCCCGUCUCACUUGACCGUCAAUAGUCACGCAUCUCGGCACUUCACAGACAAGGAGAUAGGCUCAGAGAGGCAAAGUGACUCACCCAAGGUCACGCAGCUCAGUAGUGUGACCGUCAUGCUACAGCUGGACUGGAGCCCAGGCCCACGUGACUCUUCCCACUGUGUCCACUGCCGCCCCUUGACAGGCAGGCCCCUUGGAAGGGACCCUUCCUAGCUUUGGGGAGGAGGCUGUGCAUUUGAGGAAGAAGUUCGCACUAUGCUGUCUAUGUCUGUGAGCUAAGGCACAGAGAGAUGAAAGGACUUGCUCACGGUCGCCCCAGCCCCUGCCUGGCUCCUCCUCCUGGCUUACCCUCUCUGAUGUUCAGUCCCCCCAAACCUACCUGUCACGCUUAUCUAGAGGCUCUAAGGAGGUAAUGCACACUGCUUGGCACAGAGUAGGCAAUCUUUACAUGUUUCUGUUUUUCUUCCCACCCUCUGUUUAUAGUCCCUUGUACUUAGUAGGCAUUCAAUAUACGUGCAAUGCAUUAAUUCAGUAGGCCACUAUUUAUGGAGGGCCUACCCUGUGCCGUGUGCUAGGCCUUCAAGGGUCUAUGGUGAGCAAGACAGGUGUGAUCCUGGCCCUGGUGGAGCUUAAGGAUUGUGGACAAGACAGGCCCAUCUGUUGGAAGAAGUGUCGGGAGGGUGAACCUUAUGGAGCGACAGAGGGGCGGGGCAGGUGCCUGAGGGGGUACUGUUGAGCCUCAAGCAAAGAGAAGCUUGAGCAUUCACUGGACAAGGGGGAGAUGAAUGAAAUCAUGCCUCCACCUCCCUACCUGUAAAAUGAGGGGCUAAUGCUAUCUCGACAGCUUGCUUUGAGGACUCAGUGACAUUGCCAUUGUGAAUAUGGUCUGUAAGCUGUGACAUUCCCCUGCCAGUUCCCCUCAGCAGAGGCCCUGCAAGAAUCUGGGCCCUUCUUCCUUCCCUCUCUCCCCUCUGGAAGGCCCACCUCCUGCUUUUCUCUCCCCAGUGUUGGACAAGUGGUGAAUAUCAAGGCCAAGGUGAACCGGGCCUUCAACUCCAGUAUGGAGGUGGGCAUCCAGGUGGCCUCCGAGGACCUGUGUUCUGAGAAGCAGUGGACCGUGUGCAAGGCCUUGGCCACCUUUGUGGCCCACCGGGAGCUCUCCAAGGUGAAGCUCAAGCAGAUCACGCCGCGGACGGAGGAGGAGAAGAUGGAGCACAGCGUGGCGGCCGAGCGCCGACGCAUGCGGCUGCUCUACGCGGACACCAUCAAGGACCUCCUGGCCAACUGCGCCAUUCAGGAUGUGCCUCCCUCUGCCCUUCCCGGGUCAGAUCUGGAGAGCAGAGACUGCAGCUGCAUGGUGCCAGCCGAGAAGACCCGCGUGGAGAGCGUGGAGCUGGUCCUGCCCCCCCAUGCCAAUCACCAAGGCAAUACCUUCGGGGGCCAGAUCAUGGCCUGGAUGGAGAACGUGGCCACCAUUGCAGCCAGCCGGCUGUGCCGUGCCCACCCUACGCUGAAGGCCAUUGAGAUGUUCCACUUCCGGGGCCCUUCCCAAGUUGGGGACCGCCUGGUGCUCAAAGCCAUUGUGAACAACGCCUUCAAGCAUAGCAUGGAGGUGGGUGUGUGCGUGGAGGCUUACCGCCAGGAGGCCGAGACCCAUCGGCGGCACAUCAACAGUGCCUUCAUGACCUUCGUGGUCCUGGAUGCGGAUGACCAGCCUCGGACACUGCCCUGGAUUCAGCCCCAGCCUGGGGAUGGCGAGCGGCGCUACCGAGAGGCUAGUGCCAGGAAGAAGAUCCGACUGGACAGGAAGUACAUCGUAUCCUGUAAACAGGCAGAAAUGCCCCUGUCUGUCCCCUGGGACCCUAGCAACCAGGUAUACCUGAGUUACAACAACGUCUCCUCCCUGAAGAUGCUCGUGGCCAAGGACAACUGGGCGCUGUCCUCGGAGGUCAACCAGGUCCGCCUGUACACUCUGGAGGAAGACAAGUUCCUCUCCUUCCACAUGGAGAUGUCAGUGCACGUGGACACCACCCAGGCCUUCCUGCUGCUCUCAGACCUGCUUCGGAGGCCUGAGUGGGACAAGCACUACCGGAGCGUGGAGCUAGUGCUGCAGGUGGACGAGGACGAUGCCAUCUACCACGUCAUCAGCCCUGUCCUCAGCGGCGACACCAAGCCCCAGGACUUUGUGAUCCUGGCCUCUCGGCGGAAGCCUUGUGACAACAGAGACCCCUACGUCAUCGCGAUGAGGUCAGUCACACUGCCCACACACCCUGAGACGCCAGCGUACAGGCGCGGGGAGACCAUAUGUUCGGGUUUCUGCUUCUGGCGAGAGGGGGACCAACUGACCAAGGUGUCCUACUACAACCAGGCUACCCCGGGCUUCCUCAACUACGUGACCACCAAUGUGGCUGGUCUCUCCUCGGAGUUCUACACCACCUUCAAGGCCUGUGAGCAGUUUCUGUUGGACAACCGGAGCGAUCUGGCCCCCAGCCUCCAGACCCUCUAGGCCCCCGCAUGCCCGCUCCUCCUCCGUCCUGCCCCCAGGGACACACGCACAGUGCAUUGAGGAAGGCAGGGGUGUUUAUUACUUGCUGCCUCCCCCGUGGGAAGCCUGGACCCAGGGCUCCGCCGGCCCAGCACCCGUGGGCGCUCAGGCCCCGUCAGCAUCCGCCAGCAGGUGUUUGCGGUAACUCUGCGGCAGCCUAUAGUAGACUCGGGUGCGGUCCACAGUCCUGGCUGCCAGCAGCGCCGCCCGCACCGACGCAUAGUCGCCCCUCUCCGGGCUGUGCUCCACCGUGACAGUGGCCCGGGGGGAGGCCGCCAGCAGCCUGGCCACCACCCCAGCCACGUUCUGGCCCAGCAGCCCAGCCUGCAGCUGGAAGGACACAGGCUGCCAGAGACCCCGGCACAGCUCCAGCAUAUCUGUGAGCAGCUGUUCCCCGUAGCCACUGCCCAGCGCCGCCUCAGGCCAGCCUGGUGCCACCGUCACGUGGGGGAACACCUUAGCCACAGCUGUCAGCAGCUCCCGGCCGGCCACGUGGCCAGGGACCACAAAACUGCCGUGGGAGACGGUGGCCCCGAUCCACACAGGCCGAGGCAGGUGUCCGUGGGCGGAGAGGUGGGCCAGCGUGGUCAGGGCCGGCCGGAGGGCUGAGGGCUCUGUUAUGUUCAGAUAGACACCCCAGCGUCCGGGCCGCCCGGCGAGCUGCAGCAGGCAGGACGACAGCGUCAGGGCGGGACCUCCCGGGGCAUGUAUGAUGGGCACAGCGUCCUUGGCUGCAGGCCCCUGGAGGCCAACGUUUAGCAGGAUCAUGCCUUCUCUGUCUGAAAGAGGCAAUGCAGACAAUAGCGUCAGGAGUUCGGGUGAUGGUGGGGUGUCAGAGGCCCCUGUUAAAGGGGUAUUAAUGGGGGGCAGCCAAGGAGAAGCUGGUGCCCCAUCGGCUGAGAUCUGUCGAUGGUCUGGGCUCUAGGUGGAAAGGCUGCUUUAUGAACGUGCCCGGGGCUCAUCAGAAGGACAUGACCAGCUGUAGCUCAGCUCUUGGCCUUUGACUAGGGCUCAGUCCUGGGGCCUGGGCCUGCCCUUCCUACAGCAGAUAAGGGUCAGGACUCAAGGGCACUGAAGGUUAGGGGGCCGUGCUCUUGGUACCACUGCACUCCUCCACCCUGGCAGCCAGCGUGUUGCCACAGUAACAGAGGCCCUAGGUUCCUGCCCCUCCCCACCCCGGCCCCAGUUUAGCUAGGAGCACAGGUGCUGAAGGCAGACCUUACCUGGGAGGCUGACUGUCUCUGUUCUGUUGCCCUGGAAGGCAGGAACCAGCCACUCCACAGUCAGACCGUCCCCCUCAGGGGGCUGGAGAAGAGGGAUCAGGCUGCCUCCCGUGUAGUAAAUUCGCUUCCGUGUGGCAUUUGCUGUGGGGCCCCAAAUUGUCAAGAUGAAGAGGCCACCAAUCACAAAGUGCCUUCUCUGCACCCCGUAUCUACACAGAUCCUCCCUCAGCCUCACAGCACCCCUCUAGGCAGAAGUACUCCCAUCGGAGAUUACAGGAAGGGACUUGCCCAAGGUCCCAAAGCCAAUGAGUGGAGUUGCUGGGGUUAGAGCCUAAUGGAGCCAAGUCUGCCAUCCCCAAAGCUGCAACUCCCCCUCCCUGCAACGACAUGGCUCCCAUGGUAGGAACGUUGAGUCUCAUGGGUUCCCUUUGAGAUGGCUGAACUGCAGGCUUUCCAAGGUCCAGGGUCAAGGCAAUGAGGGGUUUGGACAAGUGAACAGGUGGCAUCCAGGUCAUUGAUCAGUAGGCAUAUUGGUCAGGGGGGGGCGGUCUCUGAGGAACUACGCCGUAAGGGAAACGCACAUGGGGUUUGGAAUUUGCUGGGUUCCAAUCUAAGCUGUGCUAUGUACAAGCGAAUGACUUGGUGUAGAUUACUUAACUGGUCUGAACCUCAGUUUCCCUGUCUAUAAAAUGGGAUCACUGCUUCCUGGUUAUUUGAGGCUUACGUAACACACCAGACCCAGGUCUGGCAUCCAUUAGGUGCUUAAAAGGAUUCUUUGACCUGAUUCCACCCAGAAUUUUCUCUUCCAGUGCCUCACCCCUCCAGCUCUGCUCCACUGUCCACCAAAUGCUACCCUGUGCAGAGUCCAGGCCCACCCCCCCUGCGCGGCCCCACACCCCUGCCUACCGGCCAUCUGCUUGAACUGCGACAGGACAGGCUCAAAGAGGUCAUAGUAGACUUGGUGGGGGGCGCUGUUGUCUCGGACAUAGAGGAGAUCGUCCACCGACACGGGGUCCAAGUAACCCUGCCACAGCGUCAGGCUGUACCUGGGGCCCAGAGAGCCAGCUCAGCACCUGCCUGGGCCCAGCAAGGUCCCCAGCCGCACUCCUGUGCUCAGAACUGGACCCUAACUGGGUGGGGAUAGAGUAUCUGGCCUCCAGCUUCCCACCAGCCCCUUCUACCAGAGGACUGUCCCCUUCUCAGGGGCAGAAGCCGCCACAGGGGCUUCAGGAAGAAUAAAGAGGCUGAGCAGGAGGGGCUGGCCUGCCCUGUCUCCUCACUACGAGGGUCUGUUUCUGGUCCUGUCUUAGGAAUGGGAAAAGGACAGAAUGGGAUGGGUACAGGCAGAGGGGGAGACGUUAGGUGUGGAGGGGGAAGGGGACAGCCCUGGAACUCCUGUGGGAAGUGGCUGUGGGACUGGGCAGCUGGGAGCAGACUGCAGAAAUGCAGAUGGGAGUCCCUCAAUCCCUAGAGGACAAUCCUGGGUACAGUUGGCUCCCACGGGAGGGAAACUUGCCACUAGGUCAAGUUAUCCACCAAUGGACUGGCUGCCCCAGGUGGUGGUGAGCAGCCCAUCACCAGAGGUAUACAAGCAGAGAGCAGGGAUCCUGUAGAGGAUGUGAGGGCCAGCCGAUAUGGGACAGAUAUGGUUAAUCCUCUGGAAUCUCCCCCGGGGGCAUCAGUGCUGGGGGCGGCGGGGGUUUGGUGAUCAGGGGCUAUGGCAGGGGCCUGGGAGUUUUCACCUCUUCGAUUGGUCCAGCAGCCAGCUGAAGUGGGGCCAGGCAUCCCGUACCAUGACAGCUCGCACGGGGAAGGUGACCCUCUGUGGCAGUGCUCCCACCAGCUCCUGCAUCCUCUCCACCAUGGCUCGGCUGUAUGUCACGUUCAGGACGAAGAAGGCCAUGUAGAAAGUGGUCCAGCCCGGAGACAGGGUGGCCUCAGGAUACUUCUCCUGAACCAAGGCCAGGAACCUGCAAAGAAUCAGAGACACUGGUCUUUGAGAGCCUUGCUGGCCCCUUUCUCAUCUCCUGGGUUCCCAUCACUGGGCUAGGAAGUGGCAAGUCCUGUUGAAUGUGGAGUGUGAGGACAGAAGCAAAGUCCUAAAGAACAGAAGCGACCUGCUAGGGUCCUACAAUGAGGCAUGGACUUUGGAUUCAGGGGCUUCCCAGUUCAGUUCCUGACUCUGUAACCUUGGGCAGCUCAUUCAACCCCUUUGAUUCUCGAAGAUGGCAUCCCUUCCGGUAAGGCAGGGCCUCUUCAGCACCCCCAUUUGGAUGGGGGGACAAGCCAGGGCCCCAGAUGUGGGGAUCAAGACUCUGCCACUUGUCUCUGAAACUUCAGAUUUUAAAUUCCAUGUAAAUUUUACCCUGAUAGAAAUUUUAGCAGAGGAAUGUUACCCUCUCCUUCUCCCCGAACCACUGAGUAAAAUCAACACUCCAAGAAGAUAAGCCCUAUUUAUCUCGGGCCACUGACUACAUUUUUCCAACUGCCGCUUUCCAAAUGCACCACCGGUUGAGAAUCACAGUAAAUACUGGAGGGAUGGAUUGUUGGCUGGCUGGCCAGACAGACGGAGGGAUGGACGAAGAGAUGGAUGAUUGGAAUCAGAAAGGCCUGGCUUUGAAUCUUUACUGUAUUUUUAGAGCUAGGCAGUCAAACAGUUUAACUUCAAUGAGAUAGUUCCUGUAUUAAUAAAAUGAAAAUAAUAGUACCUACCUCAUUCUCUUGGUACUAAAGUACUUUCUGAACAGUGCCUGGGCACGUAAUAAACACUUAACAACGCA